AUGGCAAAACAAAAAACUAACUACAAUCCAAACAUCAAGAUAUGGAGUGGGGAAAACAUUGGAAUGACCUAUGGACCAGAGGAUUCAAUUGCAGCUGUGGCCCUUAGGAAAAUGCUGGAGAAACCGAAACAAAUUGCUCAGGUCUGUUAUCAAAGUGGCAAUGAGAUGACAAAUCUGGAAAUUGCUAAACAUACCAUCCAGGUGGCCAAGCGCUUCGAGAAACUCCAGCUGCAUCAAGGUGAUAUAAUUGGUUUGUGUGCUGGCAAUACUGAUUACAUAGCUCCAUUGGUGUUUGGUGCCUUGGCAUCGGGACUGUGUAUCAGCACUUUGGAUCCCAGUUUUGAUAAGGAUGGCAUCAAACAUGUCUAUUCACUGACCAAACCACGUAUGAUGUUCUGCGAUGGCCAAUUGUAUGAGAAGGUUCGUGAGGCGUUAGAUGAAUGUGGUUUGAAGGCAACCGAAAUCUAUACAAUCAGUAAACAUUUUGAUGGAGCUCCCAGCAUUAUGGAAUUUUUUGUGGGAGAUAAUAUUGAUCCAUAUGAUUAUAAAGUACCGGCUUUGAAAGAUGGCCUUGAUCGGACUGCAUUUAUUGUUUGCACCUCGGGUACGACGGGAUUGCCAAAAGGUGUUUGUGUUUCACAUGCAACAAUUGUUUGGAAUUCUUUUUCUUUGGACGCCUUCAAGGACACGAAUCUCCUUUGUUUCAGCACUCUUUACUGGAUGUCUGGUAUUGUGGCAUUGGUGCAUGGUACAAUUGGCGGUGCUAAGCGUAUAAUCUCCUCCGAUCCCUUUAAUGUAGAUGAUUUUUUAGACAUUGUGCAGCGUUACAAAGUCAACAUAACCAUUGGGCCACCAUCCCAGAUUGCCAUGGUUGUUUCAUCAGAUAAAAUUACGACCACCGAUUUGUCAAGUCUUGUUGCCUCUAUCAUUGGAGGCAGUGCCGUUUCAUAUUCUCUAACAGAAAAAUAUCGAAAAUAUGCCAAAAAUGUUGAAUGUUUGGUUGCCUAUGGUUGCAGUGAAAGCAGUGGCGUCUCAAUGGGAAAAAGUUCGCCCAAUAAUUCUGUGGGUUAUUUACUACCCAAUGUUGAAGUGAAAAUAAUCGAUGAUGAUGGUAAGGCGCUGGGUCCCGAUGAAACGGGAGAGUUGUGUGUACGUACACAAAUACCCUGGUCGGGUUAUUAUGGCAACCCCUCGGCGACCCAAGAGAAAUAUGAUGCUGAUGGUUGGAUUCAUACAGGAGAUGUGGGCUAUUUCAAUGAUCAGGGUGAAUUAUUUGUGGUCGAUCGUAAAUGUGAUAUUCGUAAAUAUAAUAAUUUUCACUUUUCGCCGACGGAUAUUGAAUUUGUCAUCAGUAAAUUACCCCAAGUGGCUGAUGUUUGUGUCGUGGGUAUUCCUCACAGUGUUCAUGGUUUCUUGCCAGCUGCCUGUGUUAUAAAGAGGUCCGAUAGUGAGAUCACGGAAUCGGAAAUCUAUCAACAUGUUGUGGACCAUAUGCAAGAUUUUGAAUAUUUACGUGGUGGUGUUUAUUUUGUGGAGAGUUUCCCCCAAACAGCAUCGGGUAAAAUCAUACGUCGUAAGGUGGCUGAUAUGUGUGAAAAGUUGUGGAAGGAAAAGAAUAGAAAUAAUUAA